AUGUCUGCUAUACAAGCCAUCUACAUCCGAGGCUACGAAGAACGCACGGAACCCAAAAUACAUGUCGUGUAUAGAAUAGAGAUUCAAGCACAUGUGCGGUCGUGGAAUAUGUGGAGGAGAUACUCCGAGUUCGACGAUCUGCACACGGAACUCACAAAGUCCACUGGCUCUCCACCGCCCAACCCUCUACCUCCCAAGCAUAAGUUCGCUUUAUUCCGAUCGCACAACAACGAGAAACUACUCGAGGAACGUCGACUGGGCCUCGAGUCGUACCUGCGAGCAAUAGUCAGCGCGAAGGAUGAAAAGUGGCGGGAUUCGUUCGCCUUCAAAGACUUCCUGGGGGUGCCAAUAGGUCGGCAAGGUGGCACCAAUGGGGGCCCGAUAACUCAGUUCUCCUCGUCUUCUUGGCUGGAUGAACACAUCGAGCUCCAGAACUCCAUCCGCGACAUCCGCGCCGACAUCAACAAACGAGACGCACUGGCUGACCGCGCCGACGUCGUAGCUGCGCACAAGUCCAACGUCAACGCGAAGAAGAAGCUCGCCGGUGUGCUUACCCGCAUAGGCGCACUUGCUAUGGGGCUGGAGGAGUUGGCCAAGUCAGGUCUGAGUGAGGGGGAGCUGCAGAGGCGGACGGAUAUGGUAUCACGGUUACAGGAUGACUGCGAGAAGCUGGGGAAGAUGGUUAGCAUCGCGAAGAUGUCCUCGGCUUCUCGUGCUAGCGCAGCUGCUACCGGAGGGCUUUCGGCGUUGAAUCCUGCGCCGGAGUCGGAGAGGGAGGCCCUUCUCGGUUCUACCAGCACAUCACGUCCAUUCAGCCGGGUGUUUGGUGCUGCGGCGAAGCAGCCAGCACAGGAAACAGCUCAAACACGUCCGCUGGACGACCAUGGUCUAUUGCAGCUGCAACAAAACCAGAUACAAGGCCAAGAUCAACAACUCUCGCAGCUCACUACGAUCCUCCAGCGACAAAGACAUCUUGGUGAAGCUAUUGGGAGUGAAAUAGCUCUUCAAAUCGACAUGUUAGCCGAUCUCAACAACGAGGUAGACCGCGUUGGCGGGAAGAUGUCGGCUGCUAACAAGCAGAUGAACAAACUUAGGUAG